CUCCACCUUUGAAAGAAUCGUCCCAAUCUGAGAAAAUCCAAGAACACAAAAGACUUGAAAUAGUACUUGAAUUGAGAAAUCCUCUAACACGAACUCCAGACAUCAGUCCUGAAAAACAUAUCAAACCCAUGGAAAAAUCCGAUGAUAAAAUCAGCGAAUUGCCGGAAGCUGUUCUUCAUCACAUCCUCUCUUUGAUGCCGAUGAAAUCAGCAACGAGAACAAGCAUUCUUUCAAGAAGAUGGAGAGAUCAUUGGAAAUACUUUUCAUCCUACACCAAAACUCUAGACUUCGGCGAGGAAUUUGCUAGUGUUCAAACUGAUGAAGAAUUCACGACCACCGUCGAUCUGUAUAUACAGCAACAUAAAGGAAACAAGAUGGAAACAUUUCGACUCUUUUUUGAGCCGGGAAAUCGGUAUCGGUCCGAUACAGAGAAAUGGAUCGAAUUCGCAACCAUGAGCGGAGUUACGGAGCUUGAUCUCAACUUCCGUCAUUACAAUGAAUACUAUAUUGGUUUUCCUGAAGCUUCUGUCCCCUGUAAGCCCUUUAACUUGCCUCACUGCCUCUUUAACUGCGAUUCUUUAAUCCAUUUGAAUUUGGCUCUCUGCGAUUUCAACUGUCCAUUGAAUUUCAAUGGUUUACAAGCUCUGAAAACGCUCCAUCUUCGACGGGUUCAUCUAACAAGUGAGAUGCUUGAGAGUGUUGUUUCGAAUUGCCUGCUUCUUGAGGAAUUGAAUUUAAGGGAGUGUUUCAGUCUGGACUACAUCAAGGUUUCUGGUCCCAAUCUGCGGCUUAAGAUUUUGAUCGUAGUAGCUCGCGGGUCCCCUAAGAUUGAGAUUUCUGCUCCAAAUCUCCAAUCAUUUCAUUACUGUGGUGCUCUUUUCUAUGGACAUUCAUUCGCGAACUUUUCACAGUUAGUGGAUGUGAUUUUAUAUUCAAGAGGCUAUCAACACAAGAAACCAGAGCAUGAUUAUAUACAGAUUUUGAAAGAACUAGCUCAUGUUAAGGUUCUAACCGUAUGCAACGAGCCUCUUAAGCAGAUAGCAAUAUCGGCCAAAGAGAAAUAUCACACAUGGGAAGAAUUACCGAUCACCUUCGACAAUCUGCAAGAGUUGCAGCUCCUGCUAACAUCCACUAGCGAUAAAUCUCUCUCCGACCUCUAUACCUUCUUUGCAAACUGCUUUUUUCCUUCUUUGGAGAAACUUUUCAUUCAAGUCCAAGCAAUUGAAGCCAUUGAGUAUUUUGAUAACAUAGCCGUGAAAGAGACUUCGGAAUGCAUUUUUGAUAAACUCAAGUUGAUCAAGAUAACCGGUAUUAUGGGGCACAGAAAUGAAAUGCGAUUGGUGAAAUUUCUACUAGAGAAGGCGACUGUGCUCGAGGCUUUGAUCUUAAUUGGGCAGAAGGAUUCUUUUCUUCAAUCGAAAUUUACUCAAAUCCAACCACUAAUGUUGCUCCAUGACCAACUUCUGUCACUACCAAAAACAUCAUUGGAUGCUCGGAUUGUGUUAUGUGAACAGUCAGAUGAUGAUAACAACUUAUGGCCCACACAUACUGAAGCUUACUCUUCAGUUGAAUUCAAAUUAUGAACACAUGAAUGGUACCAGCAGAUGUAACGUGUGAAGCGUUUGUGCUUAGUUGAAGUAUGUAGUUAAAUCGUUAGCUUAUUAGGGGAUGUACCUGUAGUUUUAUCUUUUAACAUCUGUAAGGUUGGCCCACUGUAGAGAUGAUCUUGCGAAUAGAGGUAGGCUUUAAACAAUUCAAUAGUCAGGCUGCAUACAUCCUGACUUACCUGUUUGGUUGAUCCCAGCUUAGCACA